ACGCAUGCGAUGAACACGAGAGGGCGUGCGAUAAUCAUCGAUAAUCCGCAGCGAAGGUUGACUAUUUCUUGGGUGAGUAGUCAUUCUUCUAGCUGCAUGGUGUAGUGGUAUCGACUCCAGAUGCAGAAACGAGAGAGAUCUCCGGAUCAGAGGAUUGGUUUUCAUCAGGCCAAGCAGUUCAUCUGGACUGGUAGGGGUCACAUCUCUGAGCCAGCUGCCAAUUCACAUGAUGUGCAAUAUGAAUCUAACAGUGCAAUAAAAGGAAUCACCUGUCAGGAUGAUGAACAAGAAGCUGUUUGCAGCAGUGGCUGUGAAUGUCACGUGCCCGGCUGCAACCAAUCGUUUGCGAGCAUGACUAAUUUUGAAGCUCACUACACGAUGUGCCAUCGCUUUGUGUGUCGUUACUGUCAGCGCUUCUAUUCAACCAAUCAUCUUCUAGAGAUCCACCUCACAGAGAAUCAUGAUAGCUUCUUCUCACUGCUCUCACAACAGCAACCUAUGUAUUGCUGCCUUGAAGAAAACUGCAACAGUCACUUCAUGGAUGCACAGAGCAGGCUAGAUCACAUGACCAGUUGCCAUGGCUACCCUGCAAACUUUCUUUUUGACAGAAGGCAAAGUUUUAGAACGGUAGAUACGACCGGAGGCCUUGAAGAAAGCAGAGACGUAGAUGUUGCAGAUCAAAAGAAGAGCACCUCCAAAGCUAAUUGUCCAUCUUCUACAAAGGUACCAGAGGCCAUAAGCUUUGGUAUAGGACAUUCAGAGUUCUUCAAUAGUCCUGGAAGUUGAGGACUUUUUACCUUUGACCUUGAGGAUUCUUGACUCAGAAUGGUGAGAUCAUUUGGAAGAAUGUAACAGACGUCCAAGAGCAGGUGGAAGUGAGAAGCAGACAAGCGGUGAAGACUGGAUCUGCUCACCAACGCUAAAGGCAUAGCAGCUCUGUAGAGCCACAUACAGGGCACGUGGUCUUUGGCGAUAUCAACAAGUCAAAGUGGCUUGGUGAGGUGACAUAGGGAGCAUGUGGUCUUUGGCGAUAUCAGCAAGUCAAACUGACCGGGUGAAGCGACAUAGGGAGCAUGUGGUCUUUGGCAAUAUCAACAAGUCAGAGUCGCAAGCGUAGCUGUAUGAAACAUGGGCCUGAAAUACAAUCAUGUACCAGCCAUUGUUCCAGUCAAUUUGUAUAGAUAUGGGUGUAUCGUCUGUUUUGUGCAAGAAAGCCGUUAACUCUUUUCAUUUUACAUAGAGCUAAUGACCAUCUGGCUCCAAACAAGACAAUUUAAAAGACUCUUUGAGGGAUGAUACAUGUGUAUUGAUACCCCCAUGUAUAGACAUAUCCACGAUAAAAUGUUGCGCUGCUGCAGCAUUCAAUUUAUUAACAGUGAGGAAAUGUAUUUCCUACUUCAGGUAUUAAACUCAUUUUGAAUU